AACCACGUGACUUGGUGCUACGUUAGCAGCACGUAAACACGCAUGUUUGGCUCGUGCUUGUUUUUAUUGAAUUAUAAGUCGUUCGCUGUUCAAGUAAUUAAGCGAAUAGACGUAUAGUAAAUUUUUUAUUAAAGCGUUAUGAAGGUGAAAGUGCUUUGUCGGAACCCGGACGAUUAUGUUCGAGAAACUUCUAAAGAUAUACAGCGCGUUCCCAGGAAUUAUGAUCCGACUCUACAUCCCUUCGAGGUGCCCAGGGAGUACACCCGAGCCCUGAACGCCACUAAGCUCGAUCGGAUAUUCGCGAAGCCCUUCGUGGCAUCACUGGAUGGCCACAGAGACGGCAUCAACUGCAUCGCCAAGCACACCAAGAGUCUCGCCACGGUGUUGUCCGGAGCUUGUGAUGGACAGGUGAAGAUCUGGAACCUGAGCAAGAGGGAAUGUCUGCGAACCAUCCAAGCUCAUGAAGGCUUCGUCAGAGGAAUGUGCUCACGCUUUUGCGGAACUUCGUUUUUCACGGUUGGAGAUGAUAAGACUAUUAAGCAGUGGAACAUGGAGGCCCCUGGUUAUGGUGUGCGUGAGGAACCACUGACCACUAUACUCGGGAAGGCUGUGUACACAGGCAUUGACCAUCACCAGACUGAGGGCACUUUUGCAACAUGUGGCCAGACGGUGGACAUCUGGGACGAGCAGAGGAGUAGCCCUAUUCGCUCCUUCAGCUGGGGGGUGGACAGCUUCAGCUGUGUUCGUUAUAACCCUGUAGAGACCGAACUCCUUGCAAGCUGUGCCUCAGACAGAAGUAUCAUACUGUAUGACAUGAGGGAGUCAGCUCCACUUAAAAAGGUUGUAAUGCAGUUGAGAAGUAACACACUUUGCUGGAACCCCAUGGAGGCGUAUAAUUUCACGUGCGCCAAUGAGGACUAUAACCUGUACACCUAUGACAUGAGGCGGCUGGACACACCAGUUACUGUACACAUGGACCACGUCUCUGCCGUGCUGGACGUUGACUACUCGCCCACGGGGAGAGAGUUUGUGUCAGCCAGUUUCGACAAGACGGUUCGCAUCUUCCCCAAAAACAGCGGCCACAGCAGGGAGGUGUAUCACACCAAGCGCAUGCAGCACGUCAUCUGUGUGAGAUGGUCAAUGGACAACAAAUACAUCCUGAGCGGUUCAGACGAGAUGAACAUCCGCAUCUGGAAGGCCAACGCCUCGGAGAAACUGGGAGUGCUGACAUCUAGAGAGAAGGCCACCAUACACUACAACCAGAAGCUGAAGGAGAAGUUCCAGCACCACCCGCAAGUCAAGCGCAUCGCUCGCCAUCGCCACCUGCCCAGAGACAUCUACAAACAGAAGCGAGAGCAGCGGGAGAUGAAGGAGGCCAGACGCAGGAAGGAACAAAACGUGCGCAAACACAGCAAGCCCGGCUCCGUUCCCUUGGUGACCGAGAAGGAGAAACAUGUGGUGACUGUAGUGGAAUAACACGUCACUGCCUAGAGGAGCUUCAAACACACUCACACACACAUGUUCAUAUAAAAAGACUUUUGCAAACCCAGAGCAGCUCUGCUGUGUUGCCAUUCCGAGACAUUUUUCAGCAAUUACGGCUGAUUCAGCGAGUCUACAUUGUGGUAGACCGUCUCAGGAUCAGCCGCAGCGGUCCCGUCCAUCAGGAGGUGUCGUGUUCUUCAUCGGAAUAUGAUGUGGGAUUCUUUACUUUCUUUACUGAUCGAUGCCAAUAUUAUUGAACAUAUUUAUGGUUUCCUUUCAGCAGGAUCUUAUACUCACAAAUAAAAAAAAAAUGUUGAC